GGCAUAGCUCAAACAAGAAUCACAAUAUCCACAUAUUUUUCAGUAUUGUGAAUUAGAUAGCAAAAAGGAAAUUGAGAGAGAAAGAGAGCACAAAAAGUCCAAAGCCUGGAUUUGUGUUGUACCCAGAUUCAGGAUCAAAAUUUUCAUGCACCUAGAAAUUUAUUUGAAAACCCAAAAUUCUUCUACAUCAUCUACCACUAAUUAUUAAAAAAUCAAAUCCGUAUAAUCCUAACAAAUGUCGUCAGGUAUAGAUCCCUACGACCACCUUUGCAUUUUUCUGAACCCUGAUGGCACUCUCACUAGAUUUUGGACGCUCCCAAAGAAAAAAGCAAACCCUAUUGCCACUAAUGGCGAGCCUGUGGUCUCCAAGGAUCACACUCUCAAUGCUGAAAAGAAAACGCACGUCCGAAUCUACAUGCCGACCAUCAAAUUGCCUCCCAAUGAUGACACAAGGAUUCCGAUCAUAAUUUUCUACCCCUUUUCGAAUUGGUACUUUUCUCUGUGGGACACUGAAAGCAACGACAGGAUAGCCUCAGAGCUCGCAUGCCAGGUUCCUGCUAUUGUUGUCUCCGUUGACUACCGCCUUGCACCAGAGAAUAGGUUGCCGGCGCAAUACCAUGAUGGCGUGGACGCAAUACUUUGGGUGAGGGAACAGGCAUUGAAUCCAAACGGUGAGCAAUGGAUUAAAGAUUACGGAGAUAUUUCAAGGUGUUACCUGUAUGGACAUGGUACUGGUGGGAACAUAGCAUUUUUCGCUGCGUUAGAAGCAACGAGAAUGGAGUUGGAGCCGUUGAAGAUUGUUGGGAAUAUAAUGAACCAACCCCUGUUUGGUGGCGUUGUAAGGACAGACUCAGAGCUGCAACAUUCUAUGGAUCCUCUCCACCCCUUGUGUGUACAAGAUUUGAUUUGGGAGCUCUCUUUGCCAAUUGGUGAAAAUCGGGACCAUUGGUAUUCUAAUCCGAUAGUGGAGGGCCCGCACACGAGCGCCAUUAGCAAGCUUGGUAAGUGCCUUGUGAUUGGGUUUGGUGAGGACUUCAUGUUCGAUCGGCACCAAGAGUUUAUAACAUUGUUGAUGAGGCAUGAAGUCCAAAUUGAAGCACUGUUCCACGAUUCUGGGUUCCAUGCAAUCGAUCUCGCAGUCCCAGAAUGGGCGGAUGCUAUUGUGGAAUCGGUUAAAGACUUCAUAGCAGAAGCCGAAAACAAACCUUCAAAAGGUUGAAGAAAGGAGGACUAUAAAACCUGAUUUGAGGUCCCUCCCGAACAUGAGCAGACUUCGCAAGGAUUCAGAUCCCCUCUAUGUUGUAAUUGUCGAUUUGAAACUUUGAACUAGAGCAAGUCUCUGUUUCUUUCUUAAACUUUUUUGAUAGCAAGUCUCUGUUUCUAUUGUUCUGGAGCCGAAGUAAAAUAAAAUAAAAUAAAAAAUUAUUCCUCUUGUCGUGCA